AUGGGGCUAAGACUUGCCAGCGUGUUUGCACUGUGGCUGGCUCUUUCCUGUGCGAAUGAAAUUAAAAAAGGCAGAACCCAAAACCAUGGCCACUACGUCUGCAGUACCUGGGGGAACAAUCAUUUCAAAACUUUUGAUGGCGACUUCUACCAGUUCCCUGGACUCUGUGAUUACAACUUUGCUUCUGACUGCCGAGAGUCUUACCAGGAGUUCUCAAUCCACGUCCAGCGUGCUGUGAAUGAAAAUCAACACCCUGACAUCCAAUAUGUCCUGAUAACCAUAAAGGAUGUUGUAAUCUACCUCACCCAAAAUGCGGUUGUCGUGGAUGAGCAAAUUGUAACAACACCAUACUAUAGUUCCGGUUUGCUGAUUGAGAGGAGUGAAAUCUACACUAAAGUCUAUGCAAGAGCGGGCCUGGUUCUAAUGUGGAACCGUGAAGAUUCACUGAUGUUGGAGCUGGAUGCCAAGUUUAACAACCAUACAUGUGGUCUUUGUGGGGAUUACAAUGGACAGCAGCUCUACAAUGAAUUUAUCUCUAACGACAUGAUCUUCAAUCCGAUCACAUUUGGAAAUAUGCAAAAGAUUAACAAACCCAACACAGUAUGUGAGGACCCUGAUGAAACACAGACUGUCACAACCUGUAAUCAGCAUCGUGAUGAGUGUCUGAGUCUGCUGACUUCUUCAGUAUUCGCGGACUGUGUGUCCCGUCUGAACCUGGAGAUGUAUGUUCAAGCCUGUAUGCAGGAUAAGUGUGCCUGCCAGGGAGCUGAGGAUUCCUUCUGCCUUUGCAGCACCAUCUCUGAGUACUCUCGCCAAUGCUCCCAUGCUGGUGGCCGGCCUGGAAACUGGAGGACAGAAAAGUUUUGCCCUAAGACGUGCCCUGGAAACAUGAUCUACCAGGAAAGCAGCUCACCAUGCAUAAGCACUUGUUCCCAUUUGGAAAUCAGCAGCCUUUGUGAGGAACACUUCAUGGAUGGCUGCUUCUGCCCUGAAGGAACUGUGUAUGAUGACAUCAGUGGGAAAGGCUGUGUGUCUGUUAACCAAUGUCACUGCAAACAGCAUGGAUCCCUGUAUUCACCUGGGCAAAAUAUCACCAAUGAAUGUGAAGAAUGCACCUGUGAUUCAGGCAGGUGGGUGUGCAAGCACUUAUCCUGUCCAGGCUCAUGCUUAGUGGAAGGAGGUGCUCACAUCACCACCUUUGAUGGGAAGAAAUACACCUUCCAUGGAGACUGCUACUAUGUGCUGUCCAAGGGAGGUAUAAAUGACACUCACGCCCUCCUGGCAGAGCUGUCUCCCUGUGGCUCCACAGACAAACAGACCUGUUUGAAGACUGUUGUGCUGUUAAUAGACCACAAGAAAAAUAUCUUGGUUUUCAGAUCAGAUGGCACUGUGCUGCUGAAUGAACUGGAAGUGCACUUGCCUCAUGUGACAGCAAGCUUCUCAGUUUUCCAGCCAACUUCAUACCAUCUCAUUGUGCAUACCUAUUUUGGUCUCAAGCUACAAAUCCAAUUGGUUCCAAUCAUGCAGCUGUUUGUGAUUGUGGAUCAAUCUGCCCAAGGAAAACUGCAAGGUCUUUGUGGGAAUUUCAAUGGCAUAGAAUGUGAUGAUUUUAAAACAGCUGGUGGGCUUGUGGAAGCUACAGGAUCUGCCUUUGCUAACACUUGGAAAGCACAAGCCACCUGUAGAGACCAAGUGGAUAAUUUGGAAGACCCUUGUGCUCUCAGCUUUGAAAGCGAAAAUUAUGCUGAAUAUUGGUGUUCCUUACUGAAAAAUUCAGAAUCUCCUUUUGCUAGAUGUCACUCAGUCAUUGAUCCUGUGGAAUAUUAUAAGAGAUGUAAAUAUGACACCUGCAACUGUAAGAACAGUGAAGAAUGCUUGUGUGGGGCCCUCUCCUCUUACGCAAGAGCCUGUGCCUUCAAAGGAAUCAUGCUGGGGGGCUGGAGACAAAGUGUCUGCAACAAAGAAGUGUCCUCUUGCCCAGCAUCCCAGGUCUUCCUUUACAAUCUGACCACAUGUCAACAUACCUGUCGCUCCCUUGCUGAUGGCGAAAAGUACUGCUUGGAGGGCUUUAUUCCCAUUGAUGGCUGUGGCUGCCCUGAUAACACCUAUAUGAAUGAGAAGGGUAACUGUGUGCCCAUCUCCUAUUGUACAUGCUACUAUAAAGGGUCAUACCUGGAACCUGGGGAUGUCAUCGUGAAACAAGAAGAACGUUGUGUUUGCCGAAAUGGAAUUCUCCAUUGCACUCAAGUGACUCACAUGGUAUCUUUUUUUACAGCGUGUCAGUCCCCCAAGAUUCACUUUGAUUGCAGCAGUGUCAAGUCUUGGUCUUCACAAACCCCUCUGCAGCUAAGCUGCCAUACGCUGGGUACUGACUAUUUCCAGACAGAGUGUGUCUCAGGGUGCAUGUGUCCUCAUGGACUGAUUGAUGAUGGCAGAGGGGGCUGUGUCAGGGAGAAGGACUGUCCAUGUAUUCAUAACAAGCAGUUUUAUUCUUCUGGAGAGGACGUAAAAGUGGGCUGCAACAAAUGUACCUGCCAAAAAGGAAAAUGGACCUGCACCAAUAAUGUGUGCUUUGGGACUUGUACUAUAUAUGGAAGUGGCCAUUAUAUCAGCUUUGAUGGAAAACACUAUGACUUUGAUGGACACUGUGAAUAUGUGGCUGCCCAGGAUUAUUGUGGUGAGGAUCUCGAUGGUUCGUUUAGUAUCGUCACAGUGAAUGUUCCAUGUGGAACCACCGGAGUCACCUGCUCAAAGGCUAUUAAAAUAUUUCUAGGGAGAACUGAACUGAAGUUGGAGGGCAAGAAAUAUGAAGCAAUUCAGCGAGAUGUUGGCCACGAUAUACAGUAUUGGACUCGUACAGUGGGGCUCUAUCUUGUUAUUGAAGCCAGCAAUGGCGUGAUGCUCAUCUGGGAUAAGAAGACUACUAUUUUCAUAAGUCUGGUUCCUUAUUAUAAGGGCAAAGUCUGUGGUUUGUGUGGCAACUUUGAUGACACGUCCAACAAUGAUUUCACAACAAGGAGCGGGCUGCAGGUGACCAAUCCUCUGGAGUUUGGUAAUUCUUGGAAACUGUCUGGCUCCUGCCCUGAUGUGGUGGAUGAGAUCCUGCCCUGCAAUCUGAAACCUCACCGCAAGUCCUGGGCAGAGAAGGAGUGCAGCAUCAUCCGGAGCGAAGUCUUUAAAGAUUGUCACGCCAAGGUGGACCCAGCUCCAUUCUAUGAAAAUUGUGUUCAUGAUGCCUGCUCCUGUGACAGUGGUGGAGACUGUGAGUGCUUCUGUUCUGCAGUUGCUGCUUAUGCCCAUGAGUGCAAUAAGACUGGAGUUUGUGUCUUCUGGAGAACUCCUGAUAUAUGCCCAAUAUUUUGUGAUUACUACAACCAUUAUAAUGAGUGCAAGUGGCACUACGAGCCUUGUGGCCGUCAAAUUAAGACCUGCAGGAUCAUUAACAAUGUCAGCACCAACUUCUCAUUGCCAUAUCUGGAAGGUUGCUACCCCAGAUGCUCUACAGAUGAACCCAUUUUCGAUGAAGAUUCCAACAAAUGUGUAACCGAAGACAAAUGUGGCUGUUAUAUUGCAAAUGGCACUCGUUAUGAACCUGGCGAAGAAGUACCCACAGACAAAGUUUGUCUGAAAUGUAUCUGCUACUCAACAGGAAAUAUUGUGUGCAUGCCUGACCCAGCCUGUACCACAAUCCCAACAACCACUACACCCCCUACUACCACACUCUCAACCACCACCACUAUUACCACAACCACACCGACAACCACUACAACUACCACUGUGCCAACAUCAACUACUACAACAUCGCCUGUAAUAGGUGAAAGCUACUGGCCAUGUAACUGCACCAAGGCAAUAUGCGUUAACAACAAAACAUGGGAGCUGGUUACGACUGUAUGUGAACUUCCUCCUAAGCCCAGUUGUAUCAAUGGGCUCGCUCCUGUGCUGGUGCAGGGUGAAUGCUGUUGGCACUGGGAGUGUGACUGUUAUUGCACUGGAUGGGGAGACCCACAUUAUGUGACCUUUGAUGGACACUACUAUAGCUACCAAGGGAAUUGUACAUAUGUCCUGGUGGAAGAGAUUAACAAAAAUAUUGACAACUUUGGGAUCUACAUUGACAACUAUCACUGCAUUGCACAGGACAGAGUGUCAUGUCCACGCACACUCAUCGUGAGACACGAGACCCAGGAAGUGCACAUAAAGACUAUCACACUGUUUCCUCUCAAAGUACAGGUGACGGUAAACAAUCAGGAAGUGGCUACACCUUACAAAAAAUACGGCGUGAGAAUCUUUAAGUCAGGCAUAAAUUACGUAGUGGAAAUUUCUAGACUUGGGGUAAAUGUAACCUACAAUGGAUGGACUUUCUCAAUUAGAUUGCCCUACCAGAGGUUUGGCAACAACACCCAAGGACAGUGCGGCACUUGUACCAACAACACAGCAGAUGACUGCAUGUUACCUGGUGGAAAGAUCAUAGGUAACUGUGAAACCAUGGCAGAUCAUUGGGUGAUUAAUGACCCCGAAAAGCCACACUGCUCUCCAUCCCUAACAACUACAGAGGCACCUCCUAUCACCCCACCAUCCUGCAAACCAUCUGAUCUCUGCAAGCUCAUUAAAGAAGGCCCGUUCAAAGCAUGCCAUCCCUUUGUCAACCCUGACCACUACUACGCAGCCUGUGUUUUCGACAGCUGCGCUCUUCCCAACUCUAAAUUGGAGUGUGCAAGUUUGCAAACCUACGCUGCUCUCUGCGCUGACCAGGGGGUCUGUGUUGAUUGGAGAGGCCAUACCCGUGAUAUCUGCCCGCUUAAGUGCCCAUCACACAAAGUAUACAAAGCAUGUGGUCCUAUUGAAGAGGUGACCUGCAAGUCAAGCCAAGUUGCACAAAACCAAACCGGUCAUGUGGAAGGCUGCUUCUGUCCUGCUGGAACAAUGCCUUAUGGUGAAGGUGUGGAUGUCUGUGUAAAAACCUGCGGGUGUGUUGGACCAGAUAAUAAACCAAGAAAGUUUGGGGAAGUUUUUGAGUUUGACUGUAAGAAAUGCAUUUGCCUGGAAGGUGGAAGUGGCAUUAUCUGUGAGCCCCUCAAAUGUCCAGCGCAAGCGGAUAAACCAAGCUGCAGUGAUGAAGGCUUUUACGAGGUCACUGAAGUCAGUCCUGACAACAUCUGCUGCAGCAUAACUUCCUGCAGAUGCAAUGCGAGCUUUUGCACAACCAUACCUCCUAAAUGUAAAAUUGGUUACGAACUUGUUUCCAAUAUUGCCACUGGCAAGUGCUGUCCUACGUAUGAGUGCGUUCCCAAGAAGGUUUGUGUGGUUGGGAAUGCUGAGUACAUGCCUGGUUCCCCAGUCGUUGCUGAUAAGUGCCAAAAUUGUGUCUGCACUGAUAAAUCGAACAGUAGUGGUCUGAAUGUCGUCACAUGCAAGCGCAUUCCAUGCAAUGAAAGGUGCCAGCCAGGAUAUGAACUUAAAGAUGUGAAAGGGGAAUGCUGUCCAAAAUGCGUGCAGACCAAGUGUGUUGUAAAUAAGGGUGACAGCACCGUCCUCAUCUUGAGUCCUGGUGAAAUGGAAAAUGAUCCAAAAGACAACUGCACCGUUUAUAGCUGUGUGUCGAUCAAAGGUCAGCUCAUCUCCUCCACCUCAGAGAUUACCUGCCCAUCGUUCAAUGAGGAGAAUUGUAAAGCUGGCACUAUUACACUGCUGCCUAAUGGUUGCUGUAAAACAUGCAUCCCUCGCGACAGCCCAUCACCGUGUUCUGUCACCCAAAUCGUGGACCAUAUCACCCAUAAGGGCUGCCGUUCUGUGGAUAAAGUCUACCUGACUCAAUGUGAAGGAUCAUGCGGAACCUUCUCAUUAUACUCUGCUGAGGCCAACUCCAUGGAGCACAAGUGUUCCUGCUGCAGGGAGGCAGCGACUAGCGAGAAGCAAGUUCUACUGGAAUGCCCCAACGGGAAAUCUCUGAUUCACAAGUACCUGCACGUGGACCGUUGUGAAUGUCUUGACAGUGAGUGCACACAACCCAGCUCCUCAGAAAAGUCAAAGGAAAGUGAAGAACAGAGUGCCAUCGAACGUGUCAAGCGGGCCAUUCAGAAAAUAUUGAAAUGA